CACCGUAGAAAGCUAUGUGAAAACAGAUAGGUUGACACCAUCAGAAAUUGGAAUGAAGUUGACUAGAAUAGUUGAACAUGAGUUUGGUGAUGGUCAUGAUAGAUAUAAACCAGACGAUUUGAAAUAUAACACAGUCCGUAACAAUAGAGAAUUGAAACAAGUUAUGUCCACGUUUGAUGUGAAUCGUAAUCGCGUGCAGGACGAUGAGAUGAUUCAGGAAUAUGAAAGUUCAUUACAGGAACUAGGAAAUGGGUCAACCGACAAAGGUCUUGCAAGACAAAGUCAAGACAAGUCAUCUGUAGUUAAUAUUGAUUUAACUGAUGACAUUCAAGACAAUCCCAAGUUUGGCUUUGAUGAUUUUGAUGUUAAUGGACCAAAUUUAAGUAACCAAACAAAUAUUUCAACUUUGACAAAAGAUAACGAAUUAGGCAAGGGUAAAUCAAUUGGAGCAAGCGUUAAUGUGAAAGGCUCUUACGAAAAUAAUGGUUUGCUGAAUGUAAAAUCUGCAAGCAUGAAAGAUGAAAGAAGCAGUGGGUAUAAUCAGACAAUGAAAUCUAACAGCCAGUUCAAGAACGAGGAAAGAGAGGGGGUGAAACAAUAUAAAUUUGCGCGUACAAAACCAAUCGGUGCCGAUCGAAAACCUUGUACUAAUUUUGAGAGCACUGCUUAUGAUGAAAGCAAGGUAGUGGUACCAAAUACUCCACCCAGGAAGGAAAAGCAAACUGUGAAAAGCAGAUCAAUGGACUAUAAGGAUGUUCAGGCAAGUAAGUCUACCGGGAACUCUGUUAACGUAAGACAGGACAUAUCAAAAGUAACUAGUUUUUAUAGAACAAGUUAUACGCAAACGCAAACGAGCAAGCCUCCACAUGGAAAUAAGGACAUUUCAAAAUUCAACAGCUUGUCUAAAACUAAGAGUAUCAGUCAACAUGAAGAUACAAGGAAGUCUUUGGGGAAAACUGUAUAUAAAAGCAACAACAAUCAAAAAGUAAACAGUUUCUAUGGCAACAAUGAUAGAGAAGCACAUGUUGAAACAAAUAAGUCAAUAGGAAGGCCUGUCUUUGCAAGUAAAGACAUUUCAAAAUUCGACUGGUUUGGCAAUACUACAAGGAAGGAUCAACAAUUACAUGCCAAAAAUACUAUGAGGAAUUCUGCUAACGCAAGCAAAAGCAAUCCAAUAUAUAUUAACAGUUCACAGAUUACCAAUGAUAAACAGGCACAAGUACAAACAGGCAAGCUAAAGGAAACGCCUUGUUUUGAAAGCAAAUAUAUUUCAAAAAUAGACAUUUUGGAAAAAGCUACUCAUAGGGAUCAACAUGGACAGGGAAUGGAGAGGUCUUCUCAAGCAAACAAGGGCAAUCCAUAUCUAAACAAUUUCUAUACCACGCGUGAUAAACAAACAGAUUUGCAGCCAAGCAAGGAAACUUCUGCGUAUAAAUCGAAAGAUAUUUCAAAAAUGAACAUUACAGCUAAAACUAGCAAAGGCCAAUCUGGCAGAGCACUAAGGGAUAUGGAUGGUGGUUUAGGAUCAAAUGAGGAUUUAUUUGGAUCAGAUGAUGAUCUUGAUGAACUCCUAGUAAAAAGUUUUACAGAUGAUUUCGAUCAAAUGAAUUGUCAUCUUGGUACUCAAGGGGAUAGCGAUGAUUUUAAAUGGAUGGAAAAUGAUGUAAUUAAUAAUGAUGGUGGUGUGAAGGACUUACUUGGUAACCUUGACAACGACAUGGAUGACGACACUUUGGUGGCAUGUUGUGAUGACGCAAUGUCACCGACGAUUCAAGUCAGGGAAAAUGGGCCUAACUCAAGACUUUCUGGUUCUUCAAGAAAUGAGAUGAUGUCCAAAGGAGUGAAAAGAAAGUUGAAUAUUCCUGAUGCACAGUCUAAGGUCAGAAGAUCAGGGAGUUCAAAUAUACCUAAUAAUGUUGGCAUUUCACGUGAUUUGGAUAAAUUCUGUAAAGACGAUGCGGAUGAAAGGAUCAAGGAAUGUCCAUUCUGUGCAAAAAGCUUCCAUUCUAGGUUGGUACUGUAUAUAACGCAAUUUUCAAACCCCUAAUUUAUUCAUAUCCAAAGCAAAAUUGACAAACGGUUACUUUUUCUGUUAUUAAAAUAGGUUUCAGAAAUAGCUAUUAAUAUACUGUAAUGUUUUUUACACGUACAUUUUACACAUAUUUUGUAUUUUUACAGGUUUUCCAAAGGAGAUAUCGAUCAGCACAUAGCCUUGUGUUGUAGUAGCGAAGAAAUUGGUAUUGACGAUGCCUUUUGGUGUAUUUAAAAUUUGCUAAACUCUAUAACCGUGUGUUGUUUUUCUCUUGGCAAGUGAAAUCCUUCCCUAAAAACCGAGUGUACGUCUUUUAAAUAUUUCAAGUGCUUUAAUGUUGUUGGUCAUUUUUCUAAUUCUGUCUGUCAUGCUUUUAAUAAACUGUGAAGUGACUACAUCUGCUAUCCAUGCAUCUGUACCCUAUAAUUUAUCCGUCAACUAAUUCACUUUUACUCGUCUUUGUACCUUGCCUGUCCAUAAACCGAACCAAGGUCAUGUAUCCAUAUUAAAGGCGUUCAAAACAUUGUCAUCAAAGGGGAGAAUGGGAAGCAUAUUAAAACCAGUGGAUUAUAGAAGUUCAUUACUGUACCAUUCUGCAUUAUGAAAAUCCAGAGGAAUGAUAUUUGAAGGUAUGCUAAUUGAUUAAUUUAAAAAAAUUGACAAUUUAACACAGUGAUAAAGUUGUGAUUUUAAAGUUUUUAUAAUUCACAAUAAAUUUAAUAAUAUAAUCAAUAAAUCAACUAUAAUCUAACUUUACGACUAAAUACCUAUGAUUAACAAUUUAAUAAUAACAAUAAUAGUGCUCGCUGAUGAAUAUAUUAUACUGUAACUGUAAACGCACAUAAACCCGAAUUGGUGUUUAGGUUGUUAGUAAAAAGCAUGCAUUGAAAUUAUUUUAUAAUCUGUUUCACAGUCUUCAAUGGAAAGGUACAGUAUCAAGGAAAUACUAACAAUCCGUCGCUAUAAUGUAAUUCACAACCUGAUGUGGACAACCCGUAUGCCUUUUUAUGUAUAGAGUAAUAGUAGCAAUAGGCAUGCCAGUUAUCACAAUUUUGCCUGCGCAGCCUCACGGUGGAGGGGGGAGGGAGAGCAUUGUAAAUUAGUUGUAGAUAUAUGAUAGCCAUAGUAAAUGUGUCUAUAGACUAUCUCUCUAUUAUAUCAUAUCAUAUUUUGUUUUACAGCUAUAGUACAGUAGCUAUAAUGUUAUUUAAAUACAUAUGUUGUUUCUAGUAUAGAUUUUUGCCUUUGCUCUAAAAUUCCUUCAUUCACUUAUUAAGAAUGUUUUUAUUUUUGUCCUGUUACUGCUGCGGCUUCGAAGCUAUAAAAGGAAUAAAAUAUUUGUGUUUAGUCUAAUUUUCUUAAAUGUGGCAACUACGAUAAAUAUUUAUUAUUCAUAACGACUUUCUAAAGAAAGUAUGUGCUGCAUGCAUGCAUGCAUGUAUGGUAUUUUGCACACCAUGAAUUUGACGCCAAUGUUCAACGUUCUAAAAUAUAGCAAUAGUUUAGAUAUCAACUCCAAAAGAAGCUACUGUAAUUUCUGAUAAGGCAUGCUUCCAAAAGGGCCACAAGUCAUUCUUCAAAUUGUAACUGAGUGACAUUAUACUGCUUAUUUUUUUUUUUGGGGGGGGGGGAUUCUUUGCAUUAGUAAGCGUUAACAAGCUGAUCAUGCAAUUUAAUUACAAAAUGUUGACAAUUAUUGCAGCAAGCAAAUGAAACUAUAUACUUACUUCCUGCCGGUGAGGACAAGGUUCUUGCCGGUGAGGACAAGGUUCCUGCCGAUGAGGACAAGGUUCUUGCCGCUGAGGCCAAGGUUCUUCCCGGUGAGGGCAAGAUUCCUGGCGGUGAGGACAAGGUUCCUGCCGGUGAGGACAAGGUUCCUGCCGGUGAGGACAAGGUUCCUGGAGGUCAGGACAAGGUUUCUGGCGGUGAGGAGAAGGUUCCUGGUGGUGAGGACAAGGUUCCUGCCGGUGAAGACAAGGUUCCUGGCGGUGAGGACAAGGUUCUUGGCGGUGAGGACAAGGUUCCUGGCGGUGAGGGCAAGGUUGCUGGCGGUGAGGGCAAGGUUGCUGGCAGUGAGGACAAGGUUCCUGGCGGUGAGGACAAGGUUCCUGGUGGUGAGGACAAGGUUCCUGGCGGUGACGACAAGGUUAUUGCCGGUGAGGACAAGGUUCCUGGCGGUGAGGACAAGGUUCCUGGCGGUGAGGACAAGGUUCUUGCCGGUGAGGACAAGGUUCCUGGCGGUGAGGACAAGGUUCCUGCUGGUGAGGACAAGGUCAUUGCCGGUGAGGACAAGGUUCCUAGCGGUGAGGACAAGGGUUCCUGCCGGUGA